GUAGACUUUUCAUAAUGGAUUAAACACACUUAUAAUCAUUUAGUUGCAAUUUUCUUCAUCCAAAAAUAAAGGAAGUAUCCAUUUUCUUUAUCAAUUGUGAAGAAAGAACUUAACCGAAAGCUAAAGAUGAAGAAUUUGUUGGGUCACACAACAAAAUUUGUUAAUCUCUUCAAAUUUUCUUCUUUCUCUUCUUCUCACUAUUCUUCAAUUUCUCGUUUCAAUCACUUCACUACAAUUACCACUAGUUUGAAAUCUGAUUCAGUUAUAAGAACAAUAUUGAAACUGAAAACUCCCAAAACCUUCAUUUUUCAACAACCUCUCAAUCUUACUGCUAAUUACAUCCGCAAUUUCCGUUAUUCUGGCAUUGGAAGCAUCUUAGGUGUGUCGGUUGCAACCGCAUCAACUAUAGCUUAUGCCAUCGACGUAGCUGAAGAUGCUUUGGUGGAUGAUCGUCAUAACGAUUCAGAAGAUCUUUCAGAGGCGGAAGAAAAUGUGCAACAUCUGUUGAAAUUGGUUGGGAAAUUCUGGUGGCCACUUUUUUUCAUUGUGACAGUGCUUACAAACUUGGAUAACCCUUUUACAAUAUUAUUCAUUAAAGUUACUUUAUUCCUACUCUGCACAAAGCCGAAUCCUUUCUCUGUAUAUUUUAUUGUUGAUCAGCUGUGUCAACAAUCUAUAUGCGAAGAUACCGAGUUUUUGAACAGAAAGUCAAUAUAUGCCAGCAAAGUUGAAGUACAGGACUAUAAGCUUCUUUGCCUGGCUGAUAUUGAAGUAAGAGGUGACAAGUUUACCUUGGUUGGAAUUUUUGGUACAUGGUGGACUUUACCAUCUUGGGAAGCAUGCUCUUUGAUUGGAAGACGCAUUUUACCGAAAAUAACUGAACAAGGAAGUCCUGUGUUGAACUGAAAGAGAAUCAGAUUACACAAAGUACUGCUUCUUCGCUGUCCGAGAUCGAUUGAUAAACUGUGUGAAACUGAUUAUGUAACGUCCUCUUGGUCUCGAAUCAACAAUCUGGAUUGCUUACAGUGUGAAACUGCGCGAAGCAAUUACUGCAGCAGAUUCAAGUCCAACCAAAAGGGCUUACCCUUCUCAAGUCUUUUGUUGUUAAAGCCAUAUUUCUUUUCUUGUAUUUUUUAUAGGUAAAUGUUAGUGGUCAGUUUGUUAGGGGCAGGAGGAUUUAUUGGUAAAUUAGAUUGAACCUCCUUCUUAAUACUUCAUUAGUGUCCUAACUCAUAACUGGAUUAUACCUUCAAAAGACUUUUUUCUUGUUUCUUUAAAAGGGAUCAUCGUUCCCAAUUUUUCUAUUGUGAUCAACAAGCUACAUUUUUUAGGAAAAA